AUGUUCAUAGUAUCUCCUGCUGUGCAAUCUGCUCUGGCUACCAAGAAAGGCGUUGUGGCUCUGGAAAGCACUGUGAUCACUCAUGGGCUUCCUUAUCCGCAGAACCUAGAAACUGCGAAAUCUCUGGAGGAAAUAAUACGCAGCGAAGGAUGCGAACCUGCAACAAUUGCUCUAAUAGACGGAGAUGUUCACGUAGGCUUGACCAACACAGAACUGUCAAAAGUUGCCAACUCCAUAGACGCUAUGAAGGUGUCUCGCAGGGAUAUAGCUUAUGCGUUGAACAAGAAAGUUGUUGGAGGAACGACAGUUGCAGCGACAAUGUAUCUGGCACAUAUGGCUGGAAUAGAGGUAUUAGCUACGGGAGGUAUUGGAGGCGUUCACAGAGGAGUCGAACAAACAUUGGACAUAUCCGCGGAUCUCGUUGAACUGGCCAGAACUCCAGUGGUAGUGGUUUGCAGUGGUGUUAAAAGCAUAUUGGAUAUCUCCAGAACAGUAGAAUUUUUGACUCAUAAAGAGGCGAAUACAUCUUUUUUUUUUGAAGAAACAUCUAAAGAGUUAGGAUUAUGCGGUGGAACUAUCCUAGCCUGUCCCAUUCCCAAGGAAUUUCAGUUGGAUGGAAAUAAAAUCGAAGAUGUUGUGCAAAUGGCAUUGAAGGAAUCGAAAGAAAAGGGUAUCCUAUCCAAAGAUGUCACUCCAUUUGUACUUGGACGUGUAAAUGAGAUGACUUCUGGAGUGUCGAUGAGGACAAACAUCGCUCUUUUAAAGAAUAACGCCAGAAUUGGAGGUCAAUUGGCGAGUUCGCUUGCAAAGCAAAAACAGUCACGCAUAGUUCUUGCGAUACCCUCUGAGGAGCAAAAUGCCAAACCAAGCAAACGUCCAAAAAUUGUUAUUAUCGGAGCGACAAUAGUAGACUUUGAAUCACUCACUGAAGAAGAAGUAAAGAAUGACGGAGCUUCAUAUGCUGGGAGGGUCACAAAACGAUGUGGUGGAGUUGGUAGAAAUCAUGCUGAUGCGCUUACAAGCCUGGGGUGCGAUGUAUCAUUCGUUUCAGUCGUUGGUAAUGAUGACAACGGGAAAUACUUUUUGGAUCAAUGCUCACAUAUGGAUUGUUCUCGAGUGGAAAUGGUAGAAGAUCUGCCUACAGCAGUCUACACUUCUGUUAAUGUUAGAGGGGAAGUGCAAUUCGGCAUUAGUUCCAUUGGUGAAAUAGUUAGUCGGAUAAGUCCUGAAAUGAUUUUGCGAAACGAAGACGUUAUUUCGACUGCAGAAUAUGUUCUUUUCGAUGGCAAUGUUCCGACAGAGACCAUAACCAAAAUAGUUGACUUAACGCGCUUUUAUAAAGGAAAUGGACAUGAAGUUGAUGUUAGCCCAAAGAGUCACAUUCCUCAUUAG